CCUAACUAAGGAGCUAGGGGGAUUCAUUCCCGAGUGACUCUUUCCUGCUUAAGAAAACCGAAUAAUUUCCUGCUUUAUUUCUGCUUUUAGUUUAAACAACAAUCACUUACUUUAGUUGGCUAGAUAACAUAAAAUCACUGAGUAAGCAGUAGAUCUAGAGCCCGGGAUGAUAAUAUAACUUGCCUGUUACUGCAUUCCCGGUCUGCGAUUACACUUGGUCGCAGAUUGGUGUUGUGUUUUGGCGUGUCACCAUCCAAACUCCAAUUCGAGGGUGAAGUCUAACCAUUCCUUAGUCGAUAGGUUGAGAGGGUUAUAUUAGUGGCUUGCAUCGUAUCCCAUUCCUCAACCUAGAGUCUAAGAGGGUAACUUUGGUUGCUUGUUAAACUACCCUGCGGUUAUGACCCCCUAACCACACACGGUCGUUAGAUUCUUCGAUUCAUAAUUGUUAACUAGGGGGUGCAAUACUCGGGUGAAGCUUUCUCAACUAGAGUCAAAUCCAUUUUACCUUUGCAAAGUAAUUUAGUUUUCAACCUUUGUUUUCACCAAAACCGAUCCGCUAGAUAAUGUUUCAAACAGUCGAAGUAGCGGUACAUGGACUGGCCCGGGUCGAUAUUUAAAAAUACUUUCCCUAUAUUGCAUCCAUCUAAGGUUUAUACUUGGACCUUAGGUGAGAUUUCAUUGUGAUAGUUAGAGCGAGUCAAGUUUUUGGCGCUGUUGCCGGGGACAACUGUCUGUUAUCGUGAAAAGUUUGUUUGGUGUUAAUCUACCUUUUAAUUUUUGUUGUGUUAAGUUGUGAAGUGUUUGCUUGUGGAUGUCUAAGGUUUAUACUAUGGGCUAUUACAUGGCUCCACGGGCGGAGGAUAUCCAAUCUCCCAUCUUACAUCCACCCGUGGCCGCCAACAACUUUGAGAUCAAGCCCUCUCUCGUGACGAUGAUUCAGCAAAAUGCUUACUUCCAAGAGAUAUCCCAUGAAUCACCACGAGAGAAUUUCCAAAGGUUUCUUGAUCUAGGAGGAAGUUUGAAGAUUAAUGGCGUCCCAAGGAGGCAUUGCAAUUGAAGCUCUUUCCAUAUUCUUUGGCAGGGAAGGCACUCCGAUGGCUCAACAACUGUCCGGCUCUAUCCAUCACCUCUUGGGACGAUCUCCUCAACAAGUUCAUGACCCGAUACUGUCCUCCUUCCAAAACGGCCGAGUGGAGAAAGAAGAUCACUCACUUUGAGCAAGAGGAGGAUGAGACAUUGAGGGAUGCAUGAGAAAGGUUCUCAGACUACUUCCUCCAAUGACCUCACCAUGGAUUCGAGGAGAAGUUUCGAAUAGAAACUUUCUAUGGAGGACUCAUUCAAGAUGACAAGAUCCUCAUUGACUCUCUAUGCCAAGGGAUGUUGAUGAACAUGACCCUCCUCAACUAAUCGAAUUACUUGAAGAUAUGGAUCUCAAAGAAUAUUAUUGGGGCUUGACAAGAAGUGGGAAGAGAAGCAAUGAAAGAGGAGUAAGAAGUGUGGGAGCAAGUGCUCCACUUGAAGCAAAGCUUGAUAAGUUGAUCGAAGUGAUCCUUGAGGACAAGAAGCAAGGGAAGAGAGCAGUGGUGUCUUGUGAUUGGUGUUCGAGCACCAAUCAAGAGAUUGCGGAUUGCCAAACGAUGAAGGAGUCAAGUACCCCUGAGGAGCAAGUGAGUUUUACUGUCAAUGCUAGAGGGAACAACCCUUAUAACAACACAUACAACCCCAGGUGGCGCAAUCAUCCAAACUUCGCUUGGUCUUCCCCUACCAAUCCAAGACCUCCCGGUUUCCAAGGUCCAACGGGAAACUACCAACCUCGGCCAACAUUCAUCCAACAAAGGCCUCAGUUCCGAAACUCGAACUUCCAACAACCAUACGAUACACAAGGUGGUCAAGGUUUUAAACAACCAGAACAAGGUGACAAGCUCUCUAAACUAGAAGACCUUGUUAACACCUUUAUGAGUACAAGCUCUCAAAAGUUCGAGAAGUUUGAGAAAUUCAUGGAUGUGGCAACAUCCAAGUUUACCUCGGUUGAGGCAGGACAACGAAGCCAUCAAACGAGUCUCCAAAACUUGGAAGUGCAAAUUAGCAAUCUUGCCGGAAUCCUCACCGAGAGACCAAAGGGAGCCCUACCCUCUCAAACCAUUGGCAACCCCAAAGAUCAAGCUGGGUGCAAUGUGAUUUACUUGAGGAGCGGGAAGGUGACCCCGGAGGUCGUUGCCCAAGAAGUUAAUGAGAAGGAAGACCCUCUACCUGAGGGUGAAGAAGAGGAAACCUCGGGGGAAAAGAGAGGAGUGACAAGGAAGGCACGACCGACGCCACCACCUGUGGCUGAGUACACACCUCCCCCACUUUUCCCACAAGGGUUCACAGGAAAGAUUGGAAGCGGAAUGUGGAGGCUUCAUGUGGAUGCUCUGGGAGCUCCACCUCAGCAUUCCCUCCUCAAAGAAAUGAACCACAUGCCAAGAUAUUCAAAGUACCUCAAGAGGCUUCUAGCCAAGAAGCCAAAGGUUGAAGACCUCGCCAACGUCACGUUGGGCGAGGAGUACUCUGCGUUCAUUCUAAACAAGUUUCCCAAGAAGCGGUAAGAUCCAGGUAGUUGCACCAUCCCUCUUUGCAUUGGUGCAUGUUAUAUAGAGAAUUCUUUGGCGGAUCUAGGUGCGAGCGUAAAUGUGAUUCCCUUUAAGCUUUAUAAGAAGUUGAAUUUGGGUGAACUAAAAACCACUAAGCUUAGCGUCACAUAGGCCAAUCGAUCAGUCAUUAGUCAUAGGGCAUAGUGGAGGACGUACUAAUAUGAGUGGAGAAAUUCUGUUAUCUGACGGAUUUUGUGAUCCUGGAUAUAAGUGAGGAUUCUGAGAUGCCACUCAUACUAGGACGCCCCUUUCUAGCCACCUUUCUAGCCACUCAUACUAGGACGCCCCUUUAAUUGAUGUAAAUGAGGGAACUUUGAUUCUAAGAGAUGGUGAUAAGUGAAGUACCCUACGGAUUGAUCCUAAGCCUACAAGUGAUGGAAGUGAAAAAAGUGGAAUCACACUACAAAAAAGGCAGUCAUUACCGACAACACGAUUUUCAUCAUAAUUGAUAAAAUUUCGUCGGAAAAUAUCUUUUACGACGACAUUUCCUCGUCAAGCGUCAUCAGAAAUUGUCCUGUCGCUGAUAAAAUAUUAUUGACAAGUCGUCAAAUUUACAAUAUUAUUGACGACAUAAAUACUGACAGGCCAAAACACAACACCAAACUGCGACCAAGUGAAAUAGCAGUCCGGGAAUGCAGUAAAGUGGCAAGUUCUAUUAUCAACCCAGGGUCUAGAUCUACUGCCUACUCCAUGAUUAUCUAUUAUCUAGCCAACUAAGUCAAGUGAUUGUUUUUUUAAGCAAAAUUAGUAAGAAAGCAGGAAUUGGUUCGGUUUUCUCAAGCAAAGAAGAGUCACUCGGGAAUGAGUCCCCCUAGCUCCUUAGUUAGGUCUCAAUUGUAAUUACCCUGGGUUGAUUUACAGUUGAUUAGACUGCGGAAGAUCCGACCGUAGCUUGGAAUCUCUUAAGCUGACCAAGCCCUCUCAGUCUAACUACCUGGCAGACGACUAGUCUUCACCGGGAUAGAAAGCUGAUGCAAUAAGCACAGAACUCCACUACUGGAAUUGGAUUCCAGUACAAAGCAAUAAACUGACUAACUCCCGUAUAGCCAAUCUCCUACUACCGAAUGAAGAAGCUCUAACAGCCUAAUCAGAUUCUAUCUAUCUCAGGUUGCAGCAGAAAUCAAGAAAAGCUGAUCAGACUUCAAUCAAUUCAAUAAAACAUGCAUCAUUCGAUUAAAAACAGACAUUAUAAUCAUCCCAAGUCCUUACAAUCAAAUCUCUAACACAUGGAACUAGGGUUCUUCAUACCCAAGUGAGAGAAGGUUUCUACUCCAUAGAGAGAGAGAGGAAAACAGAAUACAAAGCAGUCAUACUCAUAACAAUGGGAAGAAUCUGCUCUGGGAUGAUGAUUUCUACUCCUAUGACGAUCUCCAAGCUCGAUUUGAUGAAACCCAGCUCCAAGAUUGCUUCUAGGAUGUGUUCUUCGCACUUUCUCUCUCUAGGGCUAUGUUUUUGAACUGAAAAAUCGAUCCUCUCCCUUGUGGCCCGAAAUUGGGUAAAAACCAGAAAAUCCCGAUCACACUGGCAUGCCAGAUGCCCGUGUGAGAUACAAAACGCCGCGUUUUCAAUAGUUGCACUUCAGGCUACCUACACGGCCGUGUGGCUCACCCAGUCUGCCCGUGUGAAGCCUCGCAUAAUCCCACACGGCCACAUUGCUCCUUCACACGACUGUGUGGGUUUUAUUUGUGCCCGUGUGGCUUCCUCAGUGACUCGCCACGCGUCCGAUCUUCGUCCAAUCGACCCCGAACUCGCUCCCAAACCUUCAUUCACUUACUAGGACCAGAAAUAUCACAAACAAGCACAACCUAGCGUGAAAUCGGCCUAAAACACGAGAAUCAAUACCUUAAACGGCU